AUGUCGUCGUCGCCGUCCGUUCUUGGUACCGCGAGGAGCGCGGCGUGCUUGCUGCUGGUGGCGGCGGGGAGGGGGGAGGCGGGGCUCCUGCGGGUUGGGACGCCCAUGCCGUGGGGGCAGGCGAUGCCGCACCUGGGAUACGUGCGGGAUCACGGGGUGAAGCAGUUCGUGUCGCGGUACCGGAAGGUGGAGGGGAUAGAGAACGACGAACUCAAGUGGGGAGACGAGCUGGAAUACGCUAUCCUUAAAGUGGACCACGUUAACAAGCGCGUGAGGGUCUCGACAAGAGCGGCCGACGUUGUCAAGGAGCUCCAAACCAGGGAGGACGAACACGCGUACCGGUCCGAAGGGUGCCAGUGGAUGCCAGAGUACGGCUCCUGGAUGCUGGAGGGUACCCCCAAGGUGCCGCUGCGGGGCCUCACGACCCACCUCGCUCGCGUGGAGAGGAACAUGCGCCUCAGGAGGAAGAGGCUGCUGGCUACCCUGGCAGACGACGAAAUCUCGCCCACGAUGACGAACUUCCCCCUGUUCGGAGUGGGAGACUUCACCAACCCUCCGGCAGAGGCGGGGGGCCCCACUGCGCAGUCGAAGUUCGUCCCGGAUUCUGUGAUCAACCCGCACCCGAGGUUCGCGGCUCUGACGAAGAACAUCCGGGAGAGGCGAGGGAGGAAGGUGGAUAUCCAGAUUCCGCUGUACAAGGACGAGCGCACGCCGGAGUUUCUGGUAGAGCCCCCGCCAACCGAGGGGACCGAGCCCCCGCCACGACCGACCAUCCACAUGGAUGCCAUGGCGUUCGGGAUGGGCUGCUGCUGUCUGCAGGUCACCUUCCAGGCGAGAGACAUCGAGGAGUCGCGAUACAUGUUCGACCAGCUGGCAGUCGUGAGCCCCAUCAUGCUUGCCCUGAGCGCGGCAACCCCCAUCCACAGAGGCCGCCUCGCCGACACGGACGUGCGGUGGGACACCAUCUCAGCCUCCGUGGACGACCGCACGGAGGAGGAGAUGAGGCCGGCAGAAGAGCCCCUGUCGGGCGAGCUCGACGUGGGGGGGUUAAUGAAAGACGACGAGAACGCUCCUCGCCCGCAACGGCAGCCGAAAAGCCGGUACGACUCCAUCAGCACCUUCAUCUACAACUGUCGGACGGGCACGGACAGGUGUCGGGUGGUGAACAAGUACAACGACAUCGACUGCCCGGUGGACGAGCCCUCCCGAAAGGCGUUGCGCAAGGAGGGGAUAGACUCGGCUUUGUCGAAGCACAUCGCCCACCUGUUCUCGCGGGACCCCCUGGUGAUCUUUGAAGGGAGAAUAGAAGAAGUGGACGACGACACGGAGGUGGAUCAUUUCGAGAACCUCCAGUCGACGAACUGGCAGACGGUGAGGUGGAAGCCGCCCCCUCCCAGACUCAGCCCGAACGACCCCCACGUGGGCUGGAGAACAGAGUUCAGGAGCCUAGAGAUUCAGCUGACGGACUUCGAGAACGCGGCGUACACCGUGUUCAUCGUCCUUGUCACGAGGGUUAUUCUUGCUCUGGACCUAAACCUCUACAUUCCUCUCUCCAAGGUGGACGAAAAUAUGAGGCGCGCGCACGAAAAAGACGCAGCGACGAAGGGCAAGUUCUUCUUCCGCAGCAACAUUGACUACGCGCAGUCCCCGGAGGGCGGGGAGGAGGGGGAGAUCUACAGCCCGUGCGACAACGACCCGCAGAGCGGGCUCGAAGAGAUGACCGUGCUCCAGAUCCUGGAGGGGAAGGGUGAUUACCCGGGGUUGAUCCCUCUGGUGCACGCCUACCUGGAGUAUAUCAACGCCGACAGCUCCACGAUCAAGGACGUUGAGUUGUACCUCGACCACCUUCGGAAGAGGGCCGCCGGCGAAAUCAUGACCACGGCCGCCUGGCUGCGGAAGUUCGUGACAUCACACCCGGGUUACGGGAAGGACUCGGCUGUCACGGACGAGAUUGCCUACGAUCUCGUGCAAGCGUGCCAGGAGAUCGGACUGGGCAAGCGAGCCUGUCCGGAACUGUUGGGAGACAGGACCAUCCGCGAGGUUACCCGGGACGAGGCGUGGGAUGUCGUGCUGGACUCGAGCAAGAUGGAGGUUCAGUACCGUAACCGCCUGAUCAAGAAGUUCGUCAAACGAGCGGCCGAGAAGCAACGGGCGCGAGAUGCCCAACAGCAAGGAGGCGUGGGCGCCGCCCCUGCCGCUGCUGCCGCCACCGUUAACGGCGCCCAUCCUGGACAGGGGGACGUCCUAGCCGAUGGCUACCCUGCCUCGCCGGCGACGGCACCUGCCACUUCCGUGUCCGUUGGGAACGCCAAUCAGUUGUAG